AUGAACAGAUUAUUAGUAGUAUUAGUUGUAGCUCUCUUUGUAGCUAUUGCUUCUGCAAAUGAGUUUGCUCGUAUUCGUCAACCAGCACCUAAAUUCCAAGCACAAGCUAUCGUCGAUGGCAAGAUCAAGACUAUUUCAUUAGAUGAUUACAAAGGAAAAUAUGUUUAUUUGUUCUUCUAUCCACUCGAUUUCACUUUUGUCUGUCCAACAGAGAUUUCAUCGAUUUCAGAAAGAAUUGAAGAGUUUAGAAAGAUUGGAUGUGAAGUAUUGGGUGUCAGUGUUGACUCUGUUUACACUCAUUUGGCAUGGACAAACACUCCACGUAAGCAAGGUGGUUUGGGUAGUGUCAGCUUUCCUCUCGUCUCUGAUUUGACUCAUCAAAUCUCCAAAGACUAUGGUACAUACAUGCCUGAAGAUGGUCAUUCUAUCAGAGGCUCUUUCAUCAUUGGUACUGAUGGUGUGAUCAAACAAAUAACUUUGAAUGAUGCUCAAGUUGGACGUUCAGUUGAUGAAGCUCUUCGUUUGAUUAAGGCUUUCCAAUACACUGACAAGCAUGUUGGUGAAGUAUGCCCAGUAAACUGGAAGGAGGGUGAUGCUUCAAUGAUUGCUGAUCCAGUUCGUUCCCUCGACUAUUUCAAGGCUGUCAACUAUGACCAAAAACAAGUUGUAGUACAAGUAGAAAUUUCAAUAUACUAUAAAUUUGGCAAAACUGCAUUGUACAGAGUUGAUGUGAGGUUACGAUUAUUGUUUCUGUUUGCAAUUCGAAUUUACCAUAUCCCAUUAAUGUUGUUCCCACAUUAUUUAACUUUAAUGGAUGGUCCAACAGUUUACAAUUUGUUUAAUCCUCCUCCUCCUUUCUUCAUCGCUAUCUUUUUGAUUACCGUUGUACCAGCUACCUUACCAUAUGGAGAUAAUUAA